CUUCCAAAUUCUUCUUACAGCGUCCUUCCCUCCUUUCUUCUUUACUAAUCCUCCUUCCAUUCCUCACACGGUAAACCAUCUCCAACAAUGGAACCCCACGAUCAACACCCCCAAGGCUCCCCCAAAUCCCCACAAUCUCCACCCCCAACCACCAUCUCCUCCCCAACCUGCCUGAAAUGCGGCGCCGCCACCGCCUUCUCCGCGACUCCCCCGGAGUGUUCCGACAUCUCUCCGCCGCCAAACUACCGCCCCAUCCGAGCGCCCGCCAUCAACCUCCCCCCCAACCACUCCCAGCAAGCCAUCAUCCUCGCCCCCGUUCCCCAAUCACAAAAGGUCCCCGUCGUCUCGCCGCCUUUUCAAUUCCAAGCCCCCUCCAAGCGAAUCCAAUCCCCCGAUGACAUCCGCCGCUUCCACGACUCCUUCUCCGGCAAGAACUUCCUCGGCUUCGUCGUCGCCCUCUCCGAGUCUAUCCGCGGCCGCAAAAUCUCCGACGCCUGUCACCAAUCCCCCGUCACCGAUUCCAUCGUCUCCAUCCUCCAAACCCUAACACAAUGGAUCGUCGAAAUCCCCCCCGCUCAGCAAGCCUCUCGCUACGGCAACGUCUCGUACCGGAUAUGGCACGACCGAUUGGUUGAAAGCAGCGAGUCUCUCAUGCUCCGAUUCGUCCCCGAUGACCUCCGAUCGUCGACGAUCGAGAUUGUCCCCUACUUCACCGACAGCUUCGGCAAUUCGAGCCGUAUCGACUACGGAACCGGACACGAGACCAAUUUCGCGGCGUGGCUGUACUGCCUGGCGAGGAUGGGGGUGAUCAAAGAGGAGGAUUACCCAGCAGUGGUUUCCAGAAUCUUCGUGAAGUAUCUGGAACUGAUGAGGAAAUUGCAGUUGGUGUAUUGCCUGGAGCCGGCGGGGUCGCACGGGGUUUGGGGACUUGACGACUACUGUUUCCUUCCCUUCAUCUUUGGAUCGUCGCAGUUGAUCGGCCACAAGUACAUGAAGCCCAAGUCGAUUCACAACGAGGAUAUACUGGAGAAUUUCUCGGACGAGUAUCUGUACCUCUCGUGCAUUGCUUUCGUAAAGAAGGUGAAGAAAGGCCUGUUCGCCGAGCACUCGCCGUUGUUGGAUGAUAUCAGUGGAGUGCCCAAUUGGAAUAAGGUGAAUAGUGGGUUGCUCAAGAUGUAUAAGGUUGAGGUCUUGGAGAAGGUCCCCAUUAUGCAGCACUUUCUCUAUGGUUGGCUCAUUAAGUGGGAGUAGUUUGUGGGAAGCAAGAGAAGUCAUUUUAUCCAAGGUUUCAAGUCAGUAUAAAAGAGUUAUUACAUUGAGAAUCUAUACUUCUGCUAAUUUGUACUCAUUUUCCUCUCGAGGCUUGCUGAGCAUGCAGUUGUGCUAUUAUGUCACUGCAUGUUGGUGUCUUUUUUCUUUUUUCAUUUUCAAUAUCUGCUGCGAAUUAAACUCUUCAGGUUCUUGAAUUUAACAGUUGAAAGUAUGAAGUAUUGGUAUCUCUCCCCUCUUUUGCUAGUGAGAGAGGGAAGAAGGUGAUAAAAAUUUCUUCUUUAUCGAAUGUAGAGGCAAGCUUUAUCCAAAUUUACGCGGUACGACAUGUUUGUAAA